AUGUCUAGUUCUCGUGACGAUUUACCCCCACGAGCUGCGUCGGCCAUGUCAACGUACAGCAAUUCUGCAAGGUCGCCUACCAAACCGGCGGCCGACGCUGAUCCACCCCGAGCCACCAGUUCUCUAUCCAACCAUCGUCCGUUCUCUCCUCGAAGCUCUCUGUAUGGCUCGCCAGGACGCUCCGUUCAGGAACCAAGGACCAUUCCAGUUCGCCAGAAUGUUUCCCCGACUAGGGUACAUUCCCGGUUUAGUCCCCCUUCUCCAGGCAUGUAUCGUGAGAGCAACCAACGUCGUUUUGAGAGAGAGCAGGCGAGGUCGUUGCGGGAUGCGCUGGAGGAAAUGAAUGUCCACGAAGAAGAGGAUGAAGACACUCGCAUCCAAAAGGCGGCACAAGAUGAGGCCACGGAACUCGUGUGGAUGCAUCAGAACCCGGGCAUGGCCUCAAAGAAUCCAUAUGCUCCUUAUCGGAACCCUGACGUUGACCGUUUCCGAGGCUCACCGUCGAAGAUUAACCCCCCUGCUCACUCUUCAGGGCCCUCAAGCCCCCGGCGGAAUGGUCUGUUCCGCUCAUCUGUGUCUGAGGCUCCUUCAGCCAGUGCAGAUGCAAAGGGAUCGAGUGGUAGUCCCACACGCGACACGCAACAAGAAAGACCUAGCUCGGACGAAACUACAAGCCCUAGAAAAUACGGCUCGCUGCGCAAGAGUCUGAGAGUUAACUUUUCAUUGCCUCGUGAACAGCAAAGCCCUUCAAAAUCCCGAGACGGAGCUUGCGGGCUAGGUCUUACGAAUAUCAGCAGCGAUUCGAAUCGGGGUAUCUUUAGAAACCCCAAUGAUCACAUAUACGAGGAACCUACCGGCUCCCCUCGCAAAGAAGAGGCCGAGCGCCCUGAUUUCUCGAGGUCUGAUUCAUCUGCUCUGAGGUCAAAACCACGCAAUGCCCUUCCUCGUGGCUCGCGGCCGCUUCCAGGACGACUGGGUAGCAUUCCAUUUGUUGACAAGCUGUCUCGCUUUGAACUCCACAAGCACCCUCCGACCCAAUCUCGCAAUGCCGAAUACAAGACCAAUGACCUGGCAUCCAAAUCGAAACCCGAAGAAGAAGUCAUUGAGGAAACCAGUCCUGUGAUAAAAGAUGGUCUGGAAAUCCGCAGCGACGAUAUCAGGGCGGCAACUAGUAAGAAGCUCAAAGAUCGCAGUAGCAAACUCCCCAUGCCGACAGCCGUCAGUGACCGCACCGGCCGGCCGAUUGUGAGUUUUGAACCAGCCUGGAGACCGACCGAGGCGCAAUUGCCCCCAAAGCCAGAACCUGCCGCCCCCACACCCCCUGUGGUACCUGCUGCACCCACGAUAGAAGUGUCGGAGCCGCCCUCGAUCCCAGUCAUCAACGUACCGGAUGACAGGGAACCUACUAUUUCCGAGAUGGGCGGUGGUUCAGCUCAGGCCGCCUCCAAGGAGCCGCGUGCUCGCCCAAAUCCACCAAAGAGUGGUCAAUCGUCUCCUAGGAAGCCCGCCCGUGCACUGCAGGAUCGGUGGCUGUCAGCAUAUACUCGUUCUGGUGUCCCAACGGCAAAAUGUGAUUCUUGCACGCUUCCUAUUGCAGGGAGAAUUGUAACGGCUGCUGGAACGCGUUUCCAUCCAGAAUGUUUUGUAUGCUUUCAUUGCCAAACGGCCCUUGAAUGUGUUGCAUUCUACCAGGAGCCCGAGGCCAAGCGGCACGAAAGAUUGGCUGAUGCAUCAGCGUAUGAUGAAGAGGCGCGCACGCCGAGAUUCUACUGCCAUCUUGAUUUCCAUGAACUAUUCAGCCCUCGCUGUAAGAGCUGCAAGACUCCUAUUGAAGGGGAGGUUGUUGUAGCAUGCGGAGCAGAAUGGCACGUCGGUCACUUCUUCUGCGCCGAAUGUGGUGAUGUACUUUACUCCCUGGUCCCCGUGGAUUCCACCAGUAUAGUUGCUAACUAUGUGCACAGCCUUUUGAUCAAGACACCCCGUUUGUCGAGAAGGAUGGAUUUGCCUGGUGCUUGCAAUGCCAUUCCCGCCGUACUGCCCCUCGGUGUCUCGGCUGCAAGAAACCUGUCCUCGACGAUAUUGUCAUCACAGCUGUCGGUGGGCAAUGGCAUGACGAAUGUUUCAACUGCCAUGAAUGUGGUAGUGAACUGGGCACUGAUGGGAGAUACUUCGUUCGUGAAGGCGAACCCAAACGAACCGCUAAAGGUCGUAUCAUUGGCGGCCCGGUCCAACUAG